AUGGCCCCUACAAGACAGUCAGAAUUGGCAGAUCUGGAGCGCAAGUUGUUCUCGUACCAUCAAAGUCACUUCCAGUUAUCUGCCAGGGUGCACCUCUCCCACCUGACAUUCGAAAAAGGGUUUCGCGCAUGGAUGGAUGACCGUGACAAUGUCCAGCGCCUGGAGAAAACCCUGAAAAUUCAAGGCUGUCGCCGGCUCAUGGGAGACAACCAUGUGCCCGUAGUUGUGCCUCGAUCUGACUGGGAGCGUCGUGUGAGUCCGCGCUACGGCAAUGGCAUUAUGCCGAGCUUGAAUGUAGACCUGGACUACCGACUGCACGCGUUGGAUCACGAGAAUCUGAUCGCAGCAGCCCGGAAGAAGCUCGAUCCGGAAGACCAGUGGUGGAUUGUGGACGUCUAUGUGACUGACGAUGAAGAGGGUCAAGAUCUUGACAGAGACGUGUUACAGAGAAAGUUCGUUCAACUCUUAAAAGAAAGAUACCCGAACGACAACCGACCGCCCGACGGGCUGAUUUACGAGCGAAUCAACUACUACGAAGGGUACCUGGAUGGACCCGAGGACCGAUUGGCUGCCAACAACUGGUGGGUCAUUUUGCAGGCAGUGGCGGGCAGCAAAAAAGGUGGAUAUCUGCGGCGAUUCUUCAAGAAUGCGGCCCUCCAUCGAAAGUUGAACUCCUUGCUGGUCAUCCGGGGACUCUGGGAAGGCAUGCGGAUUGGACUGCUACAUAAAGUGACCGCCAUGCACUGCGAUGAGCCAAUGAUCUGCUACUGGGACCUGAUCUUCCAGACAUUCCUGACACUGGUCGGGGGAAGGACUGAUCUGCUACCUCUGAUAGACGGGCGUACCGUUGGUUUGAUACAAGCUCGUGCGCCAAAGCUCUCCACAAAUGACCUACAGUUCCUGCAACUCCAAAUGGACGAGGGAAAGCUCUUUGCAGAGUUUGAGGAAGGACAGCGAAAGGACAUCUGGGAGCGAUUGAAAGGAAUCGAUUAUCCAAUUCCAACGCUGAAGACGUUUUUCAAGGAUCGCCUCUACUUGGAAGUCGCGCAAAGUGUCAUGAAGCGUCUUUUCAUCCAACCGCGGGACGAGAAGUUCACCAUUGACACAGGGGUGUACAGUAUCUUCGACACUGCCUUGCCCAUUUCGAUGUCGAUGAGGAAGGAACGUCUGCGGUCAGAUGUUCUGGAAUUCUGGCGAUUCAGUUUCCAGUAUGGAUUUGAGUUGACCGAUCAUCAGCGCCGAAAAUGUCUCAAGAGCCCUGGCAAUGAGCAUACGCCGGACCAAGACACGGAUCAAGCUUUUCCGCUCCGCCGAUCAGACAUGUGGCGGCAUUUCUGUGGUAUCCUGAGAGCCCGGGGAUUUCAACCGCCCGGCAGCAUGACGCAAUCGUCGCCCGUGAUUGAGCUACCGCCUUUGGUACCUUGCGACUACCCAGAGGAUCCUUCGCAGGAGAUGGAUGCGGCCAAGAGAUGCGGAAAGCCCUUUGUCGAUACGCGGCAGGCAGAUUGGUUUGCCCUGUCGGCCGAAUCGUUACGGCAGCCUGAAUCAGCGACGCGAGUAUCGGCAGGGUUCCUCCGCCGUUGGGUCUUCAGAGCUUUCUUUGGGUAUCUGAUGGACCAUGAGGGGAGCGAUACAUCCGUGCGUCGCGGUAAUGAUGCAGACCAAGCGAUACUGGACGAUCCCACCUUCGUCGCCGAAGGACCCGCCGGCCAAGGACCCAUCGCCCAAGGACACCCUCCGACCGCCCAGACAGCGGCAGAAGCUUCCCGCAACCUGCCGACGCGUGCAUCUACUACCAUGGCUGAUCCGUUUGCUCCCUUGAUUCCAGACUCAGCAAACAGCUUGCAGCGCCUUGGAUAUACCAUGCACAUCACGAUUGGGCAAAACAGACAGACUGUGUAUUUGCCAAUCGAUGAGCACUUCAUAACCCAAUUCUGCGAAGGGCUUCGGCAGCACAACUUCCAGGUCUUCGUUUUCGACGUCACUCCUGGGACUGGUGACGAAGUCCUCACUGGGAUGACCGGUCGUGUUAUUGUCGAAGGAGUCUAUUCCCACUAUAUGGACUUUCCUGCCUCGGAGCUUCAUGCAGAAUUCAAUGCACAAUUCAGUGCAAAUGGCCUAUCUAGGAAAAGAAAACAAAUCGGCGGGGAAACCCUGACGCAAGCGGCAAUUAGUUGGUUGGAAAAACAAAAAGCAGAAAUGACGUCACAAUUCAUGGAUGUCGGCGCGUAG